GUCUGCUGGAUGGACGCAGUUUCUCCAGUGGAUCAAAGAUUAUUGCAAAACGUACCCUGUACAAAACUCAGGCAAUUUAACCAUUAAAAAUACGAACAGGACAGUCCUUACCGGCAGAUACGGGGAAACCUCUCUCCAAUGAUGCAAAACUGCAGCAACUUUUAAAGGUUAAAUAAGAGGAACCGCUUUAUAGGGAAAUAUUACAAUGCAAAUGGAUCAGACGUACGGUGAGGUGAACCAGCUCGGUGGAGUGUUUGUCAAUGGUCGACCCCUUCCUAAUGCGAUUCGGAUCCGGAUUGUCGAACUUGCGCAGCUCGGAAUCAGACCGUGUGACAUAAGUCGACAGCUCCGGGUCUCUCAUGGGUGUGUGAGCAAAAUUCUGGCCCGAUACAACGAGACCGGCUCCAUUUUACCCGGUGCUAUAGGCGGGAGUAAACCCCGGGUCACGACACCAAACGUGGUGAAGAGUAUACGGGAUUAUAAACAAGGAGAUCCUGGAAUAUUUGCUUGGGAAAUACGCGACCGACUGCUGGCCGAUGGAGUGUGUGACAAAUACAAUGUUCCGUCUGUCAGCUCCAUCAGUCGCAUUUUAAGAAACAAGAUUGGAAACCUGUCACAGCCGAGCCAGUAUGAGAGCAGCAAACCCUCUCCUCCACUCUCCUACAAUCCUAUGUAUCCAUAUUCCUACCCGAACGCCAUGUCCCCGACCGGGUCCAAACUGGGCAGUCCCCCUGCUGUGUCUGUCAGUCUGUCCCGGGCCUGGCCCUCCGUCCACACCGUCAGCAACAUAUUAGGAAUACGGGCUUUCAUGGACCCCGCAGCCAUUGCUGGAGCCGAGAGUUAUCAGCCGAAAAUGGAGGACUGGACGGGUGUUAACAGACCCUCAUUCGCUUCUGUCCACGGAGUCAACGGGAUAGAUAAAUCACCGAUAGAACCCGACAUUAAGUACACCCAGGCUUCAUCAAAUUUAUCCGGUUGUGUCCCUGCGUGUGCUUACUCAGCCACUAAUCAGUACGGUGUUUACGGUGGACAUACCGGUAAUUAUGGGCAUCACUGGCAGUCUCAGGGUUCGAGUCUUGCCCAUCCGAAUACCGGAACCAUGAUACAGAGCCCGAACCUUCACGGCACCAUAUCCUUCAAACAUCAGUCCCGAGAAGAUGGAAGAGCACCUGAAAUCAUACCAGAGAGCUGACCAGACCAUGCUAAAAAAAUUAAAAAAAAACACUUCUCUGUAAUUGUAAAAUACUACCGAAUAAAACAUCACCACCAACAAAAAACAUUGUAAAUGCAUUGUGUGACCUGAGUCUUGUUAGAGCAACUGUAAAUGACUGACAUACCUGAUUUGCACAUCACAUCAUAUUACCAUUUUGGUAAUACUUUGCAGUAAGUUUCCAUUUGUUAACAUUAGUUAAUGCAUUAGAUAUUAUAAACUAACAAUAUGACUAUAUAUUUUUAACAGCAUUUUUAAAAUUGUUGUUAAUGUAAGUUAAUAAUAAUACAAUUGUUCAUUGUUAGUUCAUAGUGCAUAUACAAUGUUAACACAUACAACUUUUGAUUUUAAAAAUGUAGGGAACAACGUGGUAAAGGCUCCUUUGGUUUGUAUUUACUCCUAAAGCACUCAAUAGCACCAAAAACUACCACAGUACUUUCCUAAACACCUGUUUGUCCCUAUGCACUGCAACAUUUUCCUGAUCCUAGAGAUCUUUGUGUGUAAUGUCUAAAGGCUGAUAUUUAGGCAAUUUGAUCUAAUUUUUUAUAGUUUUGAAAAUGUUGCAACUUUAUGUAGCUAAUGAAACUCCCUGAAAUCAACACAUUUAUUUUGAGACAAAAUACCUAUUUAUCAUUUUCAGUUUUGAUCAAGGUCAUUAAACUAGAAGUUUUUUAAUAACUGUCCAAUAAGUGAAAAGAUGGUAUCUGGGGUAAAAAAAAAUCCCCAUGUUGCAGAGGCUAAAUGCCCCAUAAAACACAUUGUUGUUUAAGUGGGGGGAAUAAAUGUGUUCUGAAAAAAAUGCAAAGUGGGCUCACAUUGACUGAUCCAAUCACAAUGGAGAUUCAUUUGUUUACAGAAUACUUGAGAUGUUAAAAAUGCCAAAUGUGUUUGAAAUUAACAAGUAAUUUUGCACCCUUUUCUGGAGUUAUUUUGAAUAAGCAUUAUCUUAAUUUGUUACUCAAUAAAGCAUAUUGCUGUCUCAAAAUGUUUUGCAUUAGCUGACAAAUUUUGCACUUUAACUACUGCCCCUAUAUCUACACAACAUCACUAUUACCCCCCACCCUCCCAGGGGCCUUUUACUCCAAGUGUGGGGUAAAAUGCUCCCUCCCUUUUUAAAUAUUUUUUUAAUUUUAAUCAAAAUAACCUUCUGUUAUUAUUUCUUUUCACACA